CUCCGACCAAAACGGUACAAAAACAAGAGGCAGCAGCAACCUACUAACUCCCUUUUCAGACCACAGAUGAGGCAAAAAGGAACGAAGAAGGGUGUUCUGGAGUUGUCUGAAGAUAUGAGAGACAAUGACUAUUCACUCCUCAAUAACUCCCAUUCCUGGGCUAGAGUCCGAGCAUCUUUGUCCUUCCAUAAGAAGAAGAAAGUUACCACGGAGGAGAGUGCCUGCAGCAGCAUCCUUUGUACCUCUUCUGUGAAAUCCCAGCACCAAGCAGCCCUGUCUGCUGCUGAGGCCCAGUGCUCAGCCUGGUCUGCUUCCCCCAUGGCCCUGCUGGCUCCCAGGAGUUCCUGCUCUGUCCUGGAGCUGAUGCUUACAGAUGCAGAGAAGGUGUUUGGGGAAUGCCACCAGGAGGGCCCUAUCACUUUUGAGAAAUGCAUUCCUUUAGAUAAGAUGAAAGACUGCAAGAAAAUUGGAGAAGGAGUGUUUGGAGAGGUUUUCCAGAUCGACAGUGAGAGAGGACCUGUGGCCUUAAAAAUAAUUCCCAUUGAGGGGACCAAGAGAGUAAAUGGGGAAGCUCAAAAGAGCUUUGGAGAGAUUCUGCCCGAGAUAAUAAUUUCAAAAGAACUCAGUCUUCUGUGCGAAGGGUCUGUGAACAGGACCGUUGGGUUCAUCACCUUAUACUCUGUGCACUGUGUUCAGGGGGCCUAUCCCCAGCAUCUCCUGGAAGCCUGGGACAAAUACCACGAAGCAACGGGAUCGGAGAAUGAUCGGCCAGACCUUUUUGGGGACGAGCAGCUCUUCAUGAUUCUGGAGUUUGAAUUUGGAGGCAGUGACUUGGAGAAUAUGAGAAAGAGGUUAAGUUCAGUGGCAUCCGCAAAGAGCAUUUUGCACCAGGUCACUGCUUCCCUGGCCGUGGCAGAACAAGAACUGCGCUUUGAGCACAGAGACCUGCACUGGGGGAAUGUACUGAUAAAGAAAACGGACAUAAAGAAGCUUAAUUACGUGUUGAAUGGGGCAACAUGCACAGUCCCCACAGGAGGACUUCAUGUCAACAUCAUAGAUUAUACUUUGUCCCGGCUGGAGAAGGACGGGCUAACUGUGUUUUGUGACCUUUCCACUGAUGAAGAGCUGUUCCAAGGCACGGGGGACUACCAGUUCGAUAUCUACCGGGAAAUGAAAGCGCAGAACGCCAACAGCUGGACUGACUAUCAUCCGCACAGCAACGUCCUCUGGCUGCACUACCUAUCAGAUAAACUUCUGAAUGACAUGUGCUACAAGAAGAAGGAAUCGACUUCUUCCAUGAGGAAAGUAAAGCAGGAGCUCAUUAAGUUCCACCAAGAAGUCCUGACCUUUGAGUCUGCCAAUGAAGUUUUAAAAAACAGCAGCCUCUUCCAGUAA